AUGGCGGAGGUUCCAGCAUUCACUCAAGAAACGUCCGCCCUGCGUCGCAUCGACCUGGGAGACGUACCUGGGUACAUUCCUCGCGAGCUAGACAAUGCCAAGAUCUUGACUGCCGCGGUGCUACGAGGCUCGCAAAUCCGGGUAUCGUCCAGAAAUAUAGUAGAAGAACAAACCUCUCUGAGUUCCCAUGCGCCGGGGCAUCCGGUUGGAGAUCUACACGGUUAUCUGUCGUGUCCCCUGCCGCCCAUCAUUCCCCAUCACCGCGAUCAACACUGGCGGCGAUCACGGCCGAACCGAACCGUUCAGGCUGUCACGGCUGUUCAAGAGGUGCAAGGUGUGGCCGCCCAUAGCCGCACUCAAGCGCCGUUGAUCCGGCCGUUAACCGCCUGUAGAAGAAGGGGUGCGAGGCGAUAUUGGCCAAGAAGCUUGGCGUUUUCUCUAGAUUGUUCUCCGGGCCACCCCAGCGACAAUGUUACUAUGUAUGAUACGCUGGUGGUGUGGUCCAUUCGCAAAUUCUUCCCUUGCUCAACUCCAUUGGGCCAAGGAGCCAAGGUAGCCCUGUUCCGCGGCAGUGAGCGAAACAAGCGUUGCCCAGAGGUCGUCAUGCAUCCGAAACGACCCCUUCGCCGUUCUGGUGCCGGAGGGUUGGAUUGGGUAAAAAGCGGGUCAUCUGUAACACCACGCGAUAUUCCUCAGAGCUACUCCCUACUGGAUACGGGUAUCUCGGAGCCUGCCAUUUAG